AUGCUGGCCCUGCUGCGCUUGGCCACUAUCGGUUCUAGCGUGACCCUCACCCUGACGGAGCACCUCGGGCUACCAGUUGUUAAGCGUCCUGAGUGGCAGCAGAACGUCUCACAUGUGCUCGAAGUCGAUGGCGUAGAGCACCCCGAAACCAAAACGGCCAUAGUCACGUUUGCGGGCAAGAGGGAUUUGUCGUACAUCGACGGUGCAGUCAUGCUCGGAUUGUCUAUCCAGAAGUACGUGCCUGGUUACCCCAUGGUUGCCCUGGUUAUCCAGGACAUGAAGCUGGCUUACCAGCAUCUCCUCGAAAAUGCUGGCUGGACAUUGGUUAUCGUGCCGAAUUGGGACUAUGAGUAUUGCGGAGUGGACUGCGACACAACAUUCUUGGGACGUUGGCACGACAGCUUUGAGAAGAUAAAUACAUUCCGACUGCCUUUCCGUCGCGUGCUUUUCUUGGAUUCUGACACGUACGUUUUCAGCAGUAGGCUUACGGAGAUGAUCACAGCAGAGUUGCCCGAUGGCCACAUCGCAAUGGCCAAGGAUGGUUGUAAAAGCGAGUACAAUAGCGGGGUGAUGUUUUACCAGCCAGACCUUGAGGUGUUCAAGGAUAUGUUGGUCAUGGUCUCCAAUCGUAAGCGGGAGAAGAUCCUCGACCAGGAACUGAUCAAUUCGGCCUAUGAGAAUAAGGUGGUCGAGUUCCCCCGCGAGUUCAAUUGCGUUGACACCAUGGGCGUCCAGCCCGGUCAGAAGAAGGCCUGCGACUUCCACUGCAGCGCCAGCGUCGUCGUCGCCCAUUUCACGGGGCACCCGAAGCCCACCUCCGCGAAGCGGAGGGAAGCGAGAGCCUGGGAGGACCUGCAGCACGCGCUCAAGAAGACCGGGCUCUGCUGCCACGGGGAGACGGGCCACAAGGAGUCCUGCAGGGAGUGCCCCGCCCUUCUGACGGUCUCGGGCUCCAGGAGCCUCGGGAACCCCUCACAGGACAUCGACGGAACGUACGUGAAGACGAACAUCCGGCCGGUCCAGUUCAACGGUGGCAAGCCCAUCUAUGCCAUACCGAAGAGGGUGAAGGAGGGCAGGCCAAUGUACCUGUACUACUCCCAGAAGAACGUGAUGUGGUUCAUCGGCCGCAGGUACGACUCCAACAUGUUCACGGAUUUCGUUGCCUACGCCGGCAAGGAGGCGCAGUGCCCAAGGGACGCGGGGGCGUGGCAGUUCCAGCUCAAUGGCCAGAUGAGGCCCCAUGCCAUCGCUACCCGUGCUGCGCCCAAGCCUCCCGACGCUCCUAGCGACACGGACCGCAUCGUGUGGAACAUCGAGACUCACGAGUGGGAGCGCGAGGAGGCGGCACAGACGGGGCAGAGUUCCUUCGAAGAAGACGAGGACUCCUCCAAUGCCAAGGACGAGGACAAGGAGGCUGCCGAAGAGGCGGAGAAAAAGAGGACUCGCCUCGUAGCGGAGGCGGCCCAGGCGAACCGAUUCGAGGAGGAGAGAAAGAGUAAGGAGGAGGAGCGCAAGACUGCCGAGGAUGCAGAGAACACUCGCCUCACAGAGGAGGCGGCUGCGGCGAACCGACUCGGGGAUGAGAGGGUGACGUAUGAGGCGGUUGAGCGCAAGGCUGCCGAGGCGGCCGAGAAGAAGCGCCUCGCAGAUCAGGCGGCCGAGGCAGUUGAGUGGCUCGAUGCGGCGAGAAAGCAGAAACAGGAGGAUGAGCGCCAGGCUGCCGAGGCGGCCGAGAAGCUGUCCUCCCAGGGCAAGGUCUCCGAGCUGUCACGGCCAGCCACCGCCCCAGCUCUGGCACCCGCGAGAGCCGCCAUGGCGGCCAUGUUCGAGCGCCUCGGUGAGUCGCCGCGGCCGUCGGAGGAGCUGGACGAGACCGCCGCGGAGGGCGACGCAGACCCAGAGGCCCGCGGGGGCGGGCUGGGGCUGCUCGUGGGCCGCGCAGCGCCGCCUCGCCGGUGCCAAGGAGCGCCCAAGAGUGUGGCUUGUACGGCUGGUAUCUUGUGCAUGGCCCUGGUCGCGAUCAUGCUCAUGCGCAAGCCUUUUCUGGCGGAGAUUGUGGGCGUCGCGUCCAUAAGCAGGGCCACUUCGAUGGCCGCAGGCACCGGCGCUGGUAAUUCCACUGCAGGCAGCGGCGUCGGCGUGGGCAAUUCCAUUAUUGCCGAGAACACAGGUUGCAUCAACUGGCAUUCGUCCUCUCUGGAGGUAGAGUUUCUGUCAGAUGCAGAUUCGUGCGUGGACCUGUGCCGCAAAACUCCAGGAUGCCUCGCCGCGAACUACCAGAUCGAUAAGUGUGACGGACAUCGCCGGGAGGAGUGGUCAGGCGUCGGGGCAUGUUACCUCAUGAACGAGCAGUGCAUCGAGGGGCCGAACGACUGCUGGAACGUGUACACUUUACAGUCGAACGACGUGCAGUCAAACCAUUUUGGGUCGCUCAUCACCCGGGGCGCGGGAUGCUCGAACAUCGAGGAUAUCAGUAGGGAUGGGCCAGUCACGGAGUUCAGCUAUUACGCGUGCCAGAACAAUUGCGAGAAGGACCCCGAUUGCGUCGGCGUUCUGCUGAAGGCCCCAGGGUGCGUGGCCGACAAGAACGAGAAGGCCGACGACGAGGGGCAGGUGUGCCAGUUGCUGUACGGUGUUUGCGAGGAGGAUACGAGCCCAGACUUCGCCUGCUGGGACGUGACCUACCAGGCGGAGGAAACGGGGUCAUCGAAGAGGCGCUCCCCGAGCGGUUCGAGCGCCGCAAGCAGCACGAGCGCCGCAACCAGUACGAGCACCGCGACGACAGCCGUUUCGACCACAGUAGUUACGACCACAGUCGAUCCGAGCGCGAGCACAGGCGGUUCCCAACCCGCAGGCGGUCAGGACGCUGCAAGUGACAUGAAAUACUUGUUCUUCCUCCAGCAGGAUGCUGAAGGAGGUGCCACUUACCUUCAAGUGACAAACCCCGAAUGCUUCAAGGUUGGCGACACGAUCGAACUCUUCCACGAGGACAACGACUUCGCCCACAAGUAUACGAUUGCGGGGGUUGGCUCACGGCUCCUAAUCUCUCCGCCGCUCACGCACGAGUACUCGAAGGGCACAUCGGUGCUCAGAAUCCACUAUCAACUUCGUGUCGCAUUGUGGUAAUUUUCCUUUGAACUGAGGCGCCCGCCCGCAUGGGAAACCGAUCGACGUAGGCCGAGACAAGGGGCUCGGAACUUUUGCCUCAUGGCAUGACCUUUGUGGUGUAGCUUCCAAAGUGCGGGAGCAGGGAUGCUGCUAUAUUUUGACUAUUUUGCUCUGACGAGCGUCCUGGGAAGGCCUUCUCCCAUGAGCGUGGGGCGAGGGGGAGAGAGGAGUGGUGGGCAGCGGGCGACUGCGCUCGGGAGCCUCUGCCCGCGCUCCGCUCCCGGGGAGGCCUCCGGCCGCCGCGAAAGGCUCGCGGCCCGAGUUGUAUGGUAGGCCCAACUCGGCCGAGCCGCGCACUGCUCUGCAGGGAGGGCGCCUGCUGUGACGAACGCUCAAGGCUCGAGGCGAUUGUAUAGUGAAUUUGCUCGGUUAUUGCAUGCUCCAUGCCGAUGGCCGGAGCAGGCGUGUCUAUGUGCAUGUGAUUGCCAGUGUUUGUGGGCCGUCCCUCAUGCUUGGGCCCUUGGGGCCGCUCCAGUCCCGCGCCGUCAUUGCCGUAGGCCCUGACUACUUUGUUUUGUGUUCUCCACGUCUUGCUCUCCUUCUCAGCCUCCUCCUCCUCAACCGCUUGUGCUCGCGAGGGAGGGUUCCUGUGCGAGUGCCGUCCGCCCUGGCCAGUCUGCGCACGCGAGUCUCUUUGGCUGACGCAGUUGACUCUCCUCUCCUCGCCUUUCUCCUGCCCAGCCCGAGCCCGGAGCGAUCGUGCUUUUGCUUAUGCUACGCUCGGCGUUGCGAUCGGCCGCCGUUCCGUUUCUUAUACAAGCGGUUGACCCCGCUAAGGUUUCGCACGCAAUGCAUGUUGUCGAUUCUUGCUGGCGCUGCGAGUGGUUGUGAGAAUUCUGUCCGAAUCGUUCCCUUCAGCUUUCCUCUUUUUUCUC